UGUCUCCGAUUGCUGUAAAUGGUUUGGAGGGAAGGUAUAUAAAGAGCGCGCAGUCUUACAGUCUCACUGCCGCUGCUCGACUCAAUUUCUCAGAUUUCCCCUUAACCUCAGGAGAAACCAAGCUAAGAAUGGCUUUCAAGGGUGUCCUUAAGGACGAAGACAUCACUGCAGCCUUGCAGGCGUGUCAAGCCGCUGACUCAUUCAACUACAAGGCCUUCUUUGCCAAGGUUGGUCUGAGCGGCAAGUCUGGUGAUGACGUGAAGAAAGCCUUUGCAAUCCUAGAUCAGGACAUGAGCGGCUUCAUUGAGGAGGAUGAAUUGAAACUGUUUCUGCAGAACUUCGCUGCAGGCGCCAGAGCUCUGACUGAUAAAGAGACGAAGGACUUCCUUGCCGCUGGUGACUCCGACGGUGACGGCAAAAUCGGAAUUGAUGAGUUCGCUGCCCUCGUUAAGGCAUAAACAGACCAAGUCCGACUCUCUUGUUUUGAAGGAACCAGUAACAACGUUGUCCAAGACCUGCCUCUCUCAUCCAGAUUACACAGAAUUUUUAUACAUUUGCUUUAUGAAAUGCCUGCACACUGUUUCUCCCUUUGCAGCAACACUGUCCCACAUAAUAAUAAUCAUUGUAAAUGUAGCACGGUUGUGUUUUAUGUCUUAAAUAUGAGUUGGCUGAUGUAACAUCUUCGAUGCACUUUCAGAAAGGGUGAAUUAACAAAAGACUAAAUCUUCUUUUGGAAAGCA